CUUCGUUUCUUCGCUCUCGGGGUCGCUCAAACCCCUGGCCGGCUGCUCCCCUCCAUUUCCCCGCCUCCCCGCACGGCCCUGGCCCUUGCCUGCGUAUCUACAGACCAAUUCCAGGGCAGGAACCCAGCCCGUGCCGUGGGGGCGGGAGCCGGUGUGGUUGGAACCACGGAGCACGGGAGGAGCGGGAUUGCGGGGACUCCGUCCCCUUCGACUUGCGGGGUCUUUGGUGCCGCGUGGGCGGCGGUUGCCCCCGGGCUGACCUUCCGUGGGUCUUCUCUGUCGCUUGAAAUGUCUAUGAUUUUAUCUGCCUCAGUUAUUCGUGUUAGAGAUGGACUGCCGCUUUCUGCUUCUACUGACAAUGAACAAGGCACAGGCGUGCAGGAGUGCAGAAAGUACUUUAAAAUGCUCUCAAGGAAACUUGCUCAGCUUCCCGAUAGAAGUACACUGAAAACUGGUCAUUAUAACAUUAAUUUUAUUAGCUCUCUGGGAGUGAGCUACAUGAUGUUGUGCACUGAAAAUUACCCAAAUGUUCUGGCCUUCUCUUUCCUGGAUGAGCUUCAGAAGGAAUUCAUUACUACUUAUAACAUGUCGAAGACCAACACUGCUGUCAGGCCAUACUGUUUCAUUGAAUUUGAUAACUUCAUUCAGAGGACCAAGCAGCGAUAUAAUAAUCCGAGGUCUCUUUCAACAAAGAUAAAUCUAUCUGACAUGCAGACGGAAAUCAAGCUGAGACCCCCUUAUCAAAUUUCCAUGUGCGAACUGGGGUCAGCCAAUGGAGUCACAUCUGCAUUUUCUAUUGACUAUAAAGGUGCUGGUAAGAUUUCUUCUGCUCACCAGCGAUUGGAACCAGCAACUCUGUCAGGGAUUGUGGCAUUUAUCCUUAGUCUUUUAUGUGGAGCUCUGAAUUUAAUUCGAGGCUUUCAUGCCAUAGAAAGUCUUCUGCAGAGUGAUGGUGAAGAUUUUAAUUACAUCAUUGCAUUUUUUCUUGGAACAGCAGCCUGCCUUUACCAGUGCUAUUUACUUGUCUACUACACUGGCUGGCGGAAUGUCAAAUCUUUUUUGACUUUUGGCUUAAUCUGUCUAUGCAACAUGUAUCUCUAUGAACUUCGAAAUCUCUGGCAGCUUUUCUUUCACGUGACUGUGGGAGCGUUUGUGACACUACAGAUCUGGCUAAGGCAAGCCCAGGGUAAGGCUCCGGAUUAUGAUGUCUGACACCAUCCUUCAAACGUAUUGCCUGGGCUUCCGGGGAAAAAGGAGGGAGCAUGUCUUAACUGCCACUGUGAUGAGGAAGCUGUUCACCACAAACGAGAAGCUCUGCUUUCUUUCUCUCCAACUGUCCUUUUUGUUUAAGUCAACAUGGCAGGCCUGUGAGCAUGCGGUACCCUCGAAUGCAAACUCCUCUCAGAAGGAAGUUGGCCCUGAGAUUAUAGUCGAGGAGGAGGAGACCUCUCUGCAGAGCCCUUCCGGUGGAAGAGCCGUCAGCGCCAUUGGCACCCUGGCCAGCAGACCUGAAUCCCUGCUGAAGAGUUCAAUCAAAUAUAUCUUGAUCUUCGGAGGACCAAGCAGGAACUCUCCCAUCGGGGUUUGCCUUUGUGAGGCAUUAGUACAGGCCAAAUAAAAAGAUCCGCAGUGAAUUGAAAAUUUGUUUCAAACAAAUGACUUACUGAAUAU